AGGUGCGGCAGUGAACCAGGACUGCCUUCCGUCCACAUGCGUGCGUCCGGAAGCCCUAUAACUGAUUCGGAAAGUGGCUUCCGACUUGAAACAGCCUACUGAUCUACCUAAUCCGAUAUCGUGACGGAAGGAGAGGGCGGAAUGGAAGUUGCCGGCAGCGAGGAGAUGUCCUUCCACGUCGUGCAUAAGAUUCCGGCAGGCGAGGGGCCGUACGUUCGAGCAAAGCAUCUCCAGCUGGUGGAGAAAGACUUGGAGGGGUCGAUCCUGUGGUUUUGGAAGGCCAUCAACGAGAGGGACAGGGUGGACAGCGCACUGAAGGACAUGGCGGUGGUGAUGAAGCAGCAGGACCGGACGGAGGAAGCUGUGGAAGCCAUCAAGUCCUUCCGGCACCUCUGCUCUAACCACUCCCAGGAUUCCCUUGACAACCUUCUCAUCGAUCUCUUCAAGAAAUGUGGGAGAGUGGAGGAGCAGAUAGUGAUGUUGAAGCAGAAGCUGCGGAUGAUAUACAUGGGGAAGGCCUUCAAUGGGAAGACGACGAAGACGGCACGCUCCCAUGGCAAAAAGUUCCAGGUUUCCAUCAAACAAGAGACUGCUCGUCUCCUGGGUAACUUAGGAUGGGCAUACAUGCAGCAAGCCAACUACAUGGCGGCGGAGGCGGUGUACCGCAAGGCGCAGAUGAUCGAACCCAAUGCCAACAACGGCUGCAACCUCGGCGUCUGCCUCAUCAAUCAAGGCCGCUACGACGAGGCUCGCUCCAUCGUCACCACCGUUCUCGACCUAGGCUUCUCCAGCGCCACCGCUGCUGCCGUCGAUCGCAAGGCGCUACAACGGGCGAAGAAGUUGUUGGCCGAGAUCGAUCACUCGAUCUCCGUCUCGGAGAUGACGAGGAGGUUAGGGGAGGAAAUGCUGCAGAGUUUGGACAUCAUGGAAGAAGGUUGGACACCCUCCAAGUCCAAGAGGUUGCCGGUCUUCGAGGAGAUAUCUCCCUUUUGGGACCAGAUGGCCUUCUGAUGUACACAGCAGCAGGAUGUGAAGAAGACACGCCCGGUUAGUAGUAGUAUAGAACAUCCGUGCUUAAUAGCGGUGUUGGGCUCUGAUGUUGUAACGUAAGGAAGAAAGGGAGAAGGUCUGAAUCUGUGUUCAUGGUCGUUUUCUGUCACCUUGCACCAAAGGGAUGUGCAAUGGAGAACUUGUGGAAUCACAAGCAACCAUGAAUCUGUGUUCAUGGUCGUAGACCCA